AUGGCCUGGCCGUGGCUCCAGCUCUGCAUCUGCCUCCAGAUCCCAGGUUUGUAUGCAGCUCUACUUUUAACCCAAACUCCAGAGCAUAUUCUAACCCAAACUAACAAUAAAACUGAAAUCCUCUGUGAGCUGAAGGACCGUACUGGGGUGUACUGGUACCGCUGGAGCCAGGAGAGGCAACAUUUCGAGUUCUUGGUAUUUUACAACACACUGGGCAAAACCACCUAUGACACAAAUGUGAACCAGGACAAGUUUAUUGUCCAUGAGGCGAGGUCCCAAAGCUCCUACAGCCUGCACAUCAGUCACCUGCACCCUUCAGAUAGCGGCACCUACUACUGCUCCACCUCCCAGUCCUCCCAGCUCCUCCUGGGCAGCGGGACACAGCUCACAGUGGUUGAUGCUUUGCCUCUGCCUCCAAAGACCACACAGACACCACUGUCCAAAAAGCCUGUGUCGUGGAUAACCAAAAGCAAAGCUGCCAGCAGGGAAGGUCCCUGCAGUCCCCUGGUCUGGAUCCCCCUGGCUGCUGGUGUCCUGCUCCUCCUGCUGGGCCUGAUCCCCAUUGCCCACCACCUGUACCGUCUGCGGCAGAGGCUGUGGCUUCGCAUCCACAGGCAGUAAAUCCCAGUAAA